AUGCCUUCCUUCAACACCCUUCUUACCGCUGCCGCCGCCUUUUUGGCUGUCGCCCAGGCCAAGACCAUCACCAUCACCGCCAAAAGCGGCAACCGCUUCGACCCUGACUCGACGACGGCUGAUAAGGGCGAUGUUCUCGAGUUUCAUUUCGAAGGCUCAAACCACAGCGUCGUCCUCGGCGACUACCAAUACCCCUGCUCUCCUGUCCAGAUAGGAACUGGCUUCUACUCUGGCGUUGUAGAUGGCUCCAGCGGCAAGGUUUUCCGCGUCAAGGUCAACGACACCGAACCGAUGGUAUACUACUCCUCGCAGGGCAUAGAGUGCGCCUCAGGCAUGGUGGGAAUCGUCAACCCCAGCGAAAACAAGACCCUCGACGACUACAAGAACCGGGCUAGCAAACUCUCUAAGGGAGUCUCUCCUGGCAAUAAUACGUACGGUGGCGAGCUGGCCGACAAGGGCAGCUCAGACGACAAGGGCAGCUCAGACGACAAAGGCGACGCUAAGAACGGCAACAAGGACAAUAGUACCGACAAGAAGAACUCGUCUGGUAUGCUCCAGGUCUCGACUGUGGCCCUCGCCGGUGUGGUCGGCACUGCUCUGUACAUGCUCUGA